CUGAAUCCGCUCGCGCAAGUUCAAGGAGAGCACGAUGACGGUGGAGCACGCGGGCCCACGGAGCGGAGCGGCUGCAGCCCGCGAGUGUCCGGGAGCCUGAGUGGGGGCUGCGCGUGCCGGUCCCGCGCGCGUGUCUCUCGGGACGCGGCGGAGCGGCUCCAGCCGGCCGCGCGCGCGCGCGCGGAGGCGAACGGCAGGAAACGCGCCCGUCCGGGCCACGCGCGCGCGAGCGAGGGCGCGCGAAGGGAGGACCUGGUGGGAUCCCGGUCCGACAGAAGGCCCCGGCUGCCGCGGCUGGUCCGUCGACAGAAGAGGCGGCCGUCGGCGCCUUUCCGCGUGCGGCGUGAGGGCGGCCGCCGCGUGCGCAUUUACGCACCGGCUCCCCACCAAAAGUUCACUGAAACUUUCUCCUGCGGCUCGGGUCCGCGCGGAUGCGCGAGGAUGGUGGAGAGCCGGAGCUGCGUGCAGCGGGAGGGGGUGUACCGCUGGUUCUCCUCGCUGUCCUCGGCCCAGAGGGCGGAGUUCCUGUGCGGGCUGCUGGACCUGUGCGUGCCCAUCGAGCUGCGCUUCCUGGGCUCCUGCCUGGAGGACCUGGCCCGGAAGGACUACCGCUCGCUGCGGGACGCCGAGAUCAAGGCCAACAACGCGGCCGACCUGUCGGGCCUCACCAACAUCACGGACGAGGUGGUGCGCAGCAAGCUGCUGGUGUCGCUGGCGCUGCUGGGCUCGGACAGCCGGGAGGCGGCGGGCGUCCUGUACCGGACGCUGACGCACGCCGACGCCGUCAUCAACAACUACGGGCUGGCGCUGAACGACGGGCGCACGGAGGAGCAGUUCCUGCUGCUCUUCACCAUGGCCUCCAACCACCCGGCCUUCAGCUUCCACCAGAAGCAGGUGCUGAGGCAGCAGCUGGGCCAGAUCCAGGACAUCCUGCAGAGCCAGAUCCGGGAGGCGGAGCCGGCCCCGGACCAGCCGGGCCCCCGACCCCCAGCUGCCCCCCCCGGAUCCCCCCAGCCAGAGCCGGCCGGGGGGGGCAGGUCCAGGGGGGGUCGAGCGGGUGCUGCUGCGAGCGGUGACGCACAAGUCAGAGGACGCCUGACCCAGCAGGAGGUGUCGGAGCUCCUGACCCAGCUGUCGCAGGUGUUUCCAGACGAGGGCCUGGAGAAGUUCCUGCCUCAGUCCCCAGAGGGGGGCCCAAGGUGUCCUGCAGCCCUACCCAGCCACGUCCUCCAGCACCAAAGCCUCCAGCUGUUCUUCACCCCCAGCAGGCCCCUGUCGCCCAGUUGUCCCUCAUCCUCCUCCUCUUCCUCCUCGUCUUCCUCCUCCUCCUCCUCCUCCUCCUCCUCCAGCAUCCCACACACACAGUCCUCGCUUCCCAGCUCUCCUGUAGCCUCCACCUGCCCGUCCACCUCCAGCUCCAGUAAGUCUCUUGUUGUUUAG